UAAUGUUUUGUCUCUUUUAUUAAAUCACAUUUAUUUUUCAGAAUCUAGUAAUAGGGAUGCACUUAUCCCCAUUUUAGAUCCCAGAAUAUUCUGCGAUACCGUAAGCUCCUAUUGCAAAGCUAUUCAAACGAUGGUGCUGAACUAUUGUUAUAUGUUCACAUGCACCAUCUGUAUUGUGGUCUGAACUACUGAAACCAUGAGAAAAUAUGGCAAAUCUUCUUAAAUACUGAUCCAGACCUUCAGGACAAUAUUGGCCAAAUGCUGAUACUCAGUCCUGGAUAGGAGCAUCCCAUAUAUUCACUAUUUAAUAGUACUUGUGCAAUCACUGGAAAAAGAAUGUAUACCCUCCUUCAAUUCUAUGUUUGGUUUUGGUUGUUUCAUUCUCGCCAACUUCUAUAAACAAACAAAUAACCUUAGAUUUCAAUAUGUAGUCAUAUUUUCCCAAAAAGUUAACCAACAUUCAGAAACCAGGUGGGAAGAAAUAUGUACACCCAAUAAUCCAGUGACCUAUAGAACCACCUUUAGCAACAAUAAUGUGAAGUAAACGUUUUCUGUAGGUGAUUAGUCUCUCACAUCAUUUUGUUUGUGCACAGCUCUCUUGAGAUCCUGCCACAGUAUCUCAAUGGGGUCUGGAUUCUGACAUGAUCAUUCCAAUACCUAUAGUGUUGCUAAAGUUAGUUCUAUAUAUUACUUAAUUAUAGGGUGUACUUAUUUUUCCCAACCUGGUUUAUAAAUAUUGGCUUACUCUUUGGGGGGAAAAAAUUACUACUAUGUUGAAAUCUGUUGUUGUUGUUGUUGUUGUUGUCACCUGAGGUUAUUUGUUUGCUUAGAGAAGUUGAUGAGAACCACACAAUUGUUAUGUAGGCCCUGAUAACUGACAACAUGGAAUUAAAGGAGGGUGUACAUUCUUUUUCCCAUGAAUGUACAUCACCCCAUGCCACAUUAAUUUUUGUGGCUUUUUGUUUGUACUGUGUAAUAUAUAGACUAGUUGUCUUUAACAUAUAGCGCAGAAACCAAACUGUUCACAGAAUGCCCUUUAUAUGCACCUUUCACCUCUUAUCUGUGUUCAUAUUCAUAUGGUUAAGAGGGCUAGCAAAAUAAUAAUUUUAUCAUACUAUUGAUUUAUUUUUUUAUUUAUCUUUCUCUGUCUGAGUUCUGUUCAUAUUAAAUCAGCCCUCUCUUCUUGUGGAAAAGUGGCAUUGAUUGGUUGGACAUUACUAAUCAAAUAUGAUUAGUUGUGUCCUUGUUUUUAUGAUGCCUGAGCAGUAAAAGGGUUCCAUUAGGUCAUGAAAUCCAAAAGAUUCUAUGCCAUGGACUCUGAAAGCACGUGCGACAAUAUUUCCAGAUGUAGCAGCCGACUUCCCUUCAAGGGGUUAUGAUGAAGAUUGGCAAGAGCUGGGUCGAGGGUUUAUAGACCAAAGUAUACCAGAAGAAGAAGAAGAAGAAGAAGAAGGAGAACACUUUCUGAUGACCAGCUGGAAUGGCCCAUCUAAGCAUCUGCACCACCAUCCAGUCAGUCCUGAUCGCACCAGAAGCCUGUCCCUGGAGAACGACCUUCCUGUCUCCUUCUUAAUCCGCAGUGAAGCCCUGGAGGAUCUCACAGCUGUUGGGGACAAGAUCAAAGAAUGUGAUGGAGGCUCUGUUUCAGAAGAAUUUCUCCAACAAGGACCCUUCACUGACUCUACUGAGAGACGUCAAGACGAUGGGCAACGAACUGUGACGGAUCAACAGGAAAUGAUGCAAUUUGAAGAUAAAGAUAUACCCAGUAUGGGCAACUUUUAUUGUUCCAAUGGCAUUUUAUCAGUGGAUCCAAGCUGUGAAUAUAACCAAGGAAGUACUACACUGAAGCAGGACUUUGUCAGUGCUACGCUACUACCACAAGGACACGCACAGAGUCUGAAUUCAGUGUCAGUGAGAGACUCUUACUUGGUACCGCACAAAGGUAAUCAUAGUGAUUUAGAUGAUGACCAGGCACAUUACCCUGGAAGCCUAGCGACUGAAGGAAAAGAAGUCAUUCCUCCUUUGGAGGACUCAACCAGUUCUCCAGUCACUUCCUAUGGCUCACCAACUAGAAAAUCUCGUGUACCCGUAUCUCAGUUCAAAGCUCAAGCCAAGACUGACAAUGACACUGAGAAACGGUUAUUUUCAUCUUUUGACACAAAGACACUCAAAGCACUUCCUGCCAAAGCUAUAGUAUCCUCCAUAAAAUCACCCUCCAACAUUGUGAAAAAAUCCUCAGCGCCCUCUAGCUCUCCCUCAGCACCUACAAGUGCUUUACCAACAAGGAUUGGGCCAUGGGCUCCAGGAAGCAGGCCUUACGCUGCUGGAACAAAGAUCCCAGCGAUGACCCCUCCCCAGACAGUGAAAGUGGAUCUAAAGAAACCCGUGAAAAAUGGAAAAGAUUCUCCUAAGACCCCUGAGGCAAGUGGCCAAAGUAGUCCUGGCACCCCUAAGUCACCUGCGAGCAAGUCUCUAGGUGGUAAAACCCCAGUUGGAAAGGAGACGAAGAAGGUGGCAGUGAUCCGCUCCACCCCCAAAUCUCCUGGCUCUCUAAAGAACCGUUCUCCAGCCCCGCUGGCUGCUGCACCCCUGCCCGACCUGAAAAACGUGCGCCCCAAAGUUGGCUCCACCGAAAACAUGAAACACCAGCCUGGAGGAGGCCGGGUCCAGAUUCUUGAUAAGAAGGUGGACUUCAGCAGUGUCCAAGCUCGAUGUGGUUCUAAAGACAACAUUAAGCACAUUCCUGGAGGAGGCAAGGUCCAAAUUCUUAAUCAGAAGCUGGACUUUACUAAUGUUCAGUCUAAGUGCGGCUCCAAAGACAAUGUGAAACAUGUACCUGGAGGGGGCAAAGUUCAGAUUCUAGAUCAGAAGUUGGACUUAAGUAAUGUGCAGGCUAGGUGUGGCUCCAAAGACAAUAUGAAAUACACACCCGGAGGUGGCAAAGUCCAGAUUGUUCACAAAAAGAUAGACUUGAGCAAUGUGCAGGCAAAAUGUGGUUCAAAAGACAAUAUCCGCUACAAGCCAGGAGGUGGAAACAUUGAGAUCAGAUCUGAGAAAUUGGAAUUCAAGGCGCAGUCAAAGAUCGGCUCUCUAGACAACAUUGGGCAUGUGGCUGGAGGCGGUCAGAAGAGGAGAGAGAAAGGGAGAGGUGCAGGCAUGCCCCAAAAUGAGGGCUCUCUCUCCCCAGACCCCAGUGACCCCACCACCCCAUCAUCCAUCAGUGUCUCCCCAGAUCCUAUCCACCUCAGCAACCCCCAGAUAAAGAUUGAAGACUCCAAUUGAGACACAUAAGCUGCUGUUCCGCGAGCAGGCGAAGGCGCGGACUGACCAUGGCGCUGAGAUCAUCUCUCUGGAAGAGUCUCCCCAGCAGCUCAGCACUGUUUCCUCUUCUGGCAGCAUCAACAUGGCUGACCCACCUCAGCUCUCCACCCUCGCAGAUGAGGUGAGCGCCUCGUUGGCCAAGCAGGGCUUGUGAUCUCUCUCCACGUCCUCUCCUCAGUCCUAAACCCACUUGUUACAGUCACUUACGGACAUAUGAAAAUCUUCAUCUCCCCCAUUCCAUUGCUGACGAGGAUCCCAUAUCAUGGAGCCCUCGCUAACACUGUUGAAGUUUUGCAACAUUAUUUGUAUUAGGCCUUACCAUGUCGUGAGCAUCAGCUGCCCACGACUGCAAAAAAAAAAAAGUGUCUCUUUAG